UUGUGACUAUAUUUUAAGCUAAGAUCAAAGAAUCUUUUAAAUACUAUUUGUCUUUGUAAUGCUCGAAGGAAAAUCAAACAAAAAGCUAGAAAAGUAACCCAAAACAAAGAAAAUAUAGUUCACACAUUUCCAAAUACUAGCUACCAGUUUCCAACAUAUAAUACGUGCUAUAAGAAGCAGCCUUUGCAUCAAGGAACCUUUUGGACACCAGAACUGGUCUAAAGCCAAAGCCAUGUCCAAAAAUUUAAGCAUCAUAAGCAGGAGAUCGCCAUCAACCUCAAGCCAGCAGUCUCCAAAACUUAAGGCCCCUGCUCCUUUCUUGUCGAAAACGUAUGAUUUAUUGGAAGAAAAUGGCGAAGGAUCAUCAUCAUCACCGCCACCAUUAUUAUUAGGAGCUAAUAAUACUGGGGUUGUUGAUGGCAAGAAAAUUGUUACAUGGAAUGCAGAAGGAAAUGGAUUUAUAGUCUGGUCUCCUGCCGACUUCUCGGAGCUCACCUUGCCUAGAUACUUCAAACACAACAACUUCUCUAGCUUUAUUCGCCAGCUCAAUACAUAUGGGUUCAAGAAAACAUCGUCGAAGCUGUGGGAGUUCAAGCACGAGAAAUUUCAGAAAGGAAGCAGACACAUGCUAGUAGAGAUCACAAGGAAGAAAUGCGAACCCAGUGUAUUUCCAGCAUAUCUAAGGGCAUCUAAUGAACACAAUAAUGCACCAAAUGCUGUGGAAGACAAUAAUCGAUUACUACUCUUAAAGGAGAACAAUAACCUUAGAAGAGACAACUUACAACUGCAAAUGCAAAUAGCACAAUUCAGAGACCUACAAACUAAGUUGUUGGACUGUCUUACUCAAUACAUGGGAAGCCAGCAGCAUAAAAUUAGAAGGCUGUGUUAAGGGGGAGAGUGGAAAACAAAUUCCAGAAAAACAAGAAAAGAAAUAGUGUUAAUAAUGCUUAUCAAUGGAUUUCAUUUCAUGUCUUUCUCAGAAA